AUGAAAGAUAUGAGAGACAACAAUGGUGGAGGUGAGGUUUACGGCUUCGUUACAACGGGAGAAACUUGGCGUAUGCUCAGAUACGAUGAUAUAUCUUUUAAGAUGACACGGAAGAUUGAGGUACUCUUUGAAGGAAUGGGUCAAGAGAAAGGGUUAUGGAUGAAGGAUUACUCCGCUCUGGUUGAUUGCAUCUUUAGAUGGGAAGAUGAUCUUCACUGGGGACCAAUGUCGCACCCUUCCGUCUCUAGUAACGUUUUCGCUUUCUUCAAUCUGACGGGGUGGGCCACCUCGCGACCGCGAGGCCUUGCUCCUACUCAGGAAUCUCUGCCAGCUCUUAUGUAUAUAGUCACUCAUUGUCAGCUCCCGUACCAACUCCAAUACCGCCUCCAAUGA